AUGAGUGGUGGUAUUGGGUUUGCUUACGGCUAUUAUGAGUACGACAACCUAUAUUACGCCACCUACAAUCGGGAACGCAUAUGCUAUCCUGGGCAAGGAUUUACGAGUUCCAUCAUCAUCGAUCCGCUGAUCCCUGCCUCACAUCUUCUGGAAGAGCUGGAUCUAAAGUGCUCUGACACCGGAGAUUCUAAACAGAUCGACUACCUCCGACCAUCGCGAUCGUUGCAACGUUUCACUCUAAUAAAGCGCCUAUCCAUUCCGCAAAGUGUUCUCAUCAACUCAACCCCCUACGAAUGUUCCCCUCUCCAUCCGUUCGAGGCGCUGCCGCCGAAUGUAGAGUACCUUAAUGUGGCUGAUCCGACUACCGCUGUGAUAGAGUGGAUCUCGGGAGUUCUGGAUGACCGCAGCAAGCUGCGCAGCUUGAAAAGAAUAUCUCUCGAUUUCGAUAACGACCCGAAGCAGCGAGUAAAGGACUACAAAGAGGCUGGAGUGCAGAUUUUUGGUCGGCUGCUGGAGGCAGGCAUAUCCGUGCACUUCGAAAACGCGAUCAUGCUGGAAGCAAGCAAUAUUGAGCCAAUUACGGGUGACCGCAAGGCAUAUUUCGAAGAUCUCCGCAAGAACCACAUCCCUCAAUUCCUAUUUCAAGAAGAAUACGAUCCCCACGUCGCAAUCAUGGACACACAGCAGCUGGAUGGAGACGUCUUGGUCUGGCAUGUUCCGCACCUGUUCAAGCCCGACGGACUUCAUGAGUACUUGGCUCAUGGACCAAUCAGAGGCAUUGGAUACAAGGCCGUAUCGUACAAGACGUUAAUGUCAGUUGGUCUGGCACAGAUAUUUCCCGAGCUAUUGGAGACCGAUCUCGAUGACUGGGGUAUGAGCUUACAAGACCAGAUGUUCAACGGGCCCCCGAUUCCGCUUCCAAAGGACAAGAUUGAGAAAUCUGACGAGAUGAAGCAGAUUCGAUCAAUCGCAAACCUUUACGGCCAUCUUUACUUACCAGUAGCGACUAGUCUGAUGUGUCUUCGGCUUCGACCUUGGUUAGGCUCGCGAGCUGAGGGCGAGGUUGCAUUAGACAAAAUCGCAAAUCUGUUUGCAAAUACGAAGCCAGCCAAGAAUAUUUCGAGGGGUAAUUGGCUUUGCGAAGGUGUUGUACUGACCGAGUCUCCCAUGGGUCCGCACAACUUUCCUGACGUCCGACAGUGGAUCAAACUCCUCCGAGCCAUCUCUGAACGCACAGAUUGA